AUGAAAUCCUCUUCAGACUUCAUCCGCGUGAACGACCUCGCGCUCACUGUCUCUUUCGCAGACGGCUCGCGCUGGCCAGCAAAUCCUCCCCAUCCGCAGCCGGUGGUCGUCUCCUUCAGCUUCGCGCACGAUGUCCGCACCGCCGCCGCAACCGACGACCUCGCUCACUCGGUCAACUAUUCGACUCUCGCCAAGGGCAUGCAGGCCGUCGUUGGCACAGAGGUCUUCCCCUCCCUCGAGCGCUUCGCCGACCGCGUCUGCGACGUGUACGCCUCCCAGUACGCCCAGGUCCCGAGCUUCACCGUGCGCAUCCGCAGGCCGCAGGCGCUCCUCUACGGCGCCGCGUUUGGCAUCGAGAUUACGAAACCCGGGUCGGACGCGAGGCCGUCGGAGGAGAAGCUCUUCUUCGAAGACGUCGUGGGGCACUCUCUCAUCGGCAUUCAUCCACAUGAACGUCAGCGGAAGCAGCGCGUCAGGGUGAACAUAUCCAUCACCCGCAGAUGGCCCCGCCAGCAGCCGAUGGAUUUCCGCACCCUUGAGCAAAAAAUAUUCGACUGUGUAGAAGAAGCUACGUUCUUGACUGUGGAGGCGCUCGCAUCCGAAGUCGCACGCGUAGUCCUCGAUGCGGUGAAUGAUGAGACGGCCAUUACCGUCGUUCGCGUCUCAAAGCCAAGCGCGAUAAUAAACGCUGCAUCUGCAGAAGUAGAGGUCUCGCGGGACUCUUUUGACUUCAAAGUCGCCUCCCGAGCGGCCUCUGCAAACUCCACCGACUCCCCCGCGACUCCGGCACCCCCUCCGGCAUCUGCCUCUCCAUCGCCCUCGCUCUACACCCGGGUUGAUGUGCUGCCGCAUCGCGCUGCCAUUGCACUGGGUGCCAACAUUGGCGACCGGUUCGCCAACAUCGAGACCGCACUGCGCCUUCUCGAAGCGCCCGGUGCGGACUUGGAUGGUUGGACAGGCCCCCCAAGGGUGAUCGUUAUCGACACGAGCUUCAUGUACGAGACAGCGCCGAUGUACGUCGAGGAUCAGCCCAAGUUCAUCAACUGUGCUUGCAUGGUGGAGACAGAUCUUGAGCCCCGCGCGUUGCUCUCAUUCCUAAAGGACAUUGAGAACGCCGUCGGACGCACGGUCAGCUAUCGCAACGGACCACGGGUGGUGGACCUCGAUAUCGUCUCGUACGACUCUAUCGUGCUAGAUACCAGGCCAGAAAGCGCGCGGAGCUUGCUCGACAACCUCGCCGGCGAACUAGUGAUCCCUCAUCCGAGAGUGACGGAGAGGGAGUUUGUGCUGCGGCCCCUCUAUGACAUGAUCCCUGAGUACAUCGUCCCACUGACCGGAAGGUCGAUCGAAGAGCUCCUAACAACACUCAUGCUGCAAGAUACCGACGAGCCUGCGAUGUACAAAGUCAUACCCUUUCCACGAUACCCACUACCGUCGAUCUCCGAAAGGCCUGCACAGCUCAGCAAAAUCAAUCCCGUGCCGCCGACGGCGACAUUCUGGACUCAUCCUGUCACAUCGAUCCCAUCGAAAGGUCGCCCGCAGCCACGUCGGACAUACCUCAUGGCCACUUUGAAUGUGACCCCCGACUCGUUCUCUGACGGCUCCACACACAACACCAUUCCCACCGCCCUCAAUUACGCCACGGCGGCCGUGACUCACGGCGCGCACAUCGUCGACAUUGGCGGAUAUUCAACGCGCCCGAACGCCGCCUACGUCGCGCCAGAGGAGGAGUUCACGCGCGUCGUGCCCGUCAUUCAAGCGAUCCGAUCCGAGGGCGCCGCCAACACGGACCCGCUCACCCCCGUGCCGCCCGGGACGUCCUCCCCACUCGCAGCGCUUCGUACUCGUCGCGCGGGCGCGCUCAUUUCCGUCGACACCUUCCGCUGGGAGGUCGCAGAAGAGGCCGUUCACGCGGGCGCAAACUGCAUCAACGACAUCUCCGCGCUUGCAGGACCGACCUGGCCCGCGCUCGCCUCGGCGGACGCGCGCGCGCACUUCAGCAAGAUGCGCCAGGUCGCGCGCGACCUCGCGGUCCCGGUCGUGAUGAUGCACUCGCGCGGGCCCGCGGGGGAAAACAAGGAUUACGGCGCAUACGCGUACGCCGCAGGCGGGCGCGGGCGUGGGGCCGUGCUAGAGGCCGUCCGAGUCGAGCUCGGGGAGCGCAUCGACGCGGCCGUGCGGGGCCCUGGCGGGCUCCGGCGGUGGCUCGUCAUCGUAGACCCCGGGCUCGGGUUCAGCAAGACGCUCGAAGGCAACCUGGAGGUGUUGCGGGAUGCCGCGAGCAUCGUCGCGGACCGCCCGCUGGUUGCCCGUGAAGGGGAGAGCGAGCCGCGGCGAAACCUCCUUGUGGGUUACCCUCAACUCAUUGGGCCGUCGCGCAAGUCGUUCCUUGGCGCGGUGCUGCAACGCGCAGAUGCGGAUGGGACUGGGGGGUAUGAGGGCCGGGAGACGCGCGCCGACGAGCGCGACUGGGCGACGGCGGCAGCGGUUGGGUGCGCGGUGCAGCAAGGUGCGAUGGUGGUGCGCGUGCACGACGUCCAACGUCAGGCGGAUGUUGUGCGGGUGUCGUCCGCACUGUGGGGAUGA